AUGGCAAUUCAUGCGUGUGCGCCGUACGCACGUGCCUGUGCCAUCAAAAACACCAGUCGAACCAGUCUGACCACCUCUGGUCUUGGUGUCCUUCCACGGAUUGCAAUUCCCAACAUCUGCAGCCGGCGUGGCUGCUUCGAUCAGGAAUUUGGCAAGCGUGCUCCAGGUUGGGAAUUCUCAGGGGACAGAAAUUACGGAUAUCCAGAUGGGACCAGAAGGGAGGAGAGCGAAGGAAAGGCGAAGAGGAAGGGAUCUGGAUUCUUCCUCUCCGAACACGCGAGCCAUCCGUCUUUUAAUGAAUGCGUCUCCAUGUUCAGCCUGGACGGCGGUAGAUUGGAUGACGGUUCUGAUGUCGAAUCUGAACCAGACCUUCCUUUGAAGCGCAAACAACGCCGUAGUCGAACUACUUUUACAGCCGAGCAGCUGGAAGAAUUGGAAAAAGCUUUCGAAAGGACCCACUACCCAGACAUAUACACUCGAGAGGAGCUGGCUCAGCGGACAAAGCUGACCGAGGCCCGUGUCCAGGUGUGGUUCAGCAACCGAAGAGCCCGUUGGCGCAAGCAGGCCGGGGCCAACCAACUGGCCGCUUUCAAUCACCUUCUGCCCGGUGGCUUCCCCCCAACCGGCAUGCCAACGUUGCCACCCUACCAGCUGCCCGAUUCGACGUAUCCGACCACCACUCUCUCCCAAGACGGAGGCAGCACCGUGCACCGGCCCCAGCCUCUCCCACCGUCCACCAUGCACCAGGGGGGCCUGUCGGCAGCCACCCCCGACUCCAGCUCUGCCUACGGGGCCCGGCACAGUUUCUCCAGCUACUCGGACAGCUUCAUGAACCCCACCGCUCCAACCAACCACAUGAAUCCCGUUAGUAACGGCCUGUCUCCACAAGUGAUGAGCAUCCUGAGCAACCCCAGCGGAGUGGCCCCCCAGUCCCAGGCCGACUUCUCCAUCUCCCCCCUGCACGGCAGCCUGGACAGCGCCAAUGCCAUCUCGGCCAGCUGCAGCCAGCGCAGCGACUCCAUCAAGUCCGUGGACAGCCUCCCCACCUCCCAGGCCUACUGCCCCCCCACCUACACCACCACGGGCUACAGCGUGGAUCCCGUGGCCGGCUACCAGUACGGCCAGUACGGCCAGACUGCUGUCGACUACCUGACCAAGAAUGUCAGCUUGUCCACACAGCGCCGGAUGAAACUCGGGGAACAUUCAGCCGUGCUGGGGCUCCUACCUGUCGAAACAGGCCAGGCCUACUGAAGGCUCCUUCCCUGGGGGAGGGGGGGGUUCCACCCCACAGCCAACCCUCUGCCAUCAAGAACCCCCCCACUACGACCACCGAACUUUCUGGGACCAGCGGCCUCUUGUCGUCCACCGCCGGCGUUUCCUUCGGAGACUCAAAGGACCAAACCUUCCCACCCUUGCCUCCGUCCCAGAGGCCCACUGAUCUACCCACCUCGACCCCCAGCCCUGUCCCCCCCCCAUCCUUGUUCUGUGUACCUACGAAGACUUAACAACCAUGUUCCCAACUCUAGAGACGAUGAAUUUGUAAAGGACUCCUCCCAUCUGGGAGCUGGGUAGCUGACGUGGCGUCCUACCAAUGCUUCCCAGAUGUUUCCCAAUCGUGGCGACCACUCGGCGGAGUCAAAAUGUGGAGGCUCUAUUCUUCGUCAUUAUAAUAGCUAGGUAGAUACCGAUAUAUUCUUUGGCCCACCUACCCUCCCCGUGACUCGCACACAUUUCCCCCCCCCCCAUCAUUUUUAUUAUAGUACACGAUCAAUAAUUCAUGGAAGAAGCUGGCUGACCCAAGGACCACAAGGGGAUGCUUUGGACCAAAUACAUACAAGCGUCAAGAAGCAAGACUGACAAAGCUAAGAAAAGUUGAUCCUGGUCAGAAAAGGAGAGCGAGAGGGAGAGAGAAUUGCUACGUCUUGUAAAUACGUUCACCUCCGCUUCGGGGUUAGGAAGGUUCGAUGGGGAAGCGGAUCCGGCAGAUUCCGAGAAAGCUCUGGGUUCCGUCUCGGAGUAGUCUUCACAAGGGCCACCUCUGGGUUCCUCAAAAGAGCGCGAAUCCAUGCUUGCGUCCCGGAGGCCUCUGGCUUUGGGGAGCGACCAGUUUCCCCGCUGGGUCACUUCGGAGGCCCCACCUGUCCAUCAGGAGAAAAUUGGGGAGGGGAGGGGAUUAGA